AUGACGACAACGACACGAUCAUCAUGCUUACAAAGACGACCUUUGGCUUGGCCAGCGGCUCGUUUUGCUGCGUCUGCUGUCUACCGAGGGUCCCUAUCGUCCGAUCCCAGGCCCGAAUGCCAGACGAGAGGCAAGAAGACCAGGACCGUCGUGCGUUUCGAAGAUCUGCCGCAGGGCAUCGUUUUGCCCGCCGCACCAAUUGGGGCGAACGAACGUGGCACCAGUGCUAGCAAUGUUAGUAAUUCGAAUGCCGGCGAGGACAGCCAGUCCAGCGAGACCCCCAGUGCGGGCCCAGACACGGGUGGCCCUGCGUACCCAACGGUCAUUCUGCAGGCCCGCCGCAACAUGCACAAGUUUGCCAACUGCGUGCUGCUGACCCGCGUGGGCGGCUUCUACGAGCUGUACUUUGAGCAUGCACAAGAAUACGGGCCACUUCUGAACAUCAAGGUGGCCUCCAAGAAGACAAACGCCGGCCCUGUGCCUAUGCUGGACCGCUUCCUCAAGGUCCUCGUCCACGACCUCAACCGCUAUGUAGCCAUAGCCGAGGAGUUUCCCAACUCAGCCGCCGACAAGGUCAAGUCGGGCGGUCUGAUGCAUGACCGCCGUGUGGCGCGUAUUGUCACGCCGGGCACACUCAUCGAUGAAAAUUUUAUGGACCCCUACACAAACAACUAUGUGAUGGCCAUCCACGUCGAUGCGGUGGAUAGUGGGACCCUGACGUCUGCGCCCCUCGCGUCUGCGUCGCCCAGUUUGUCGUCUGUGGCCCUUGGCUUGGCCUGGUUGGAUCUCUCGACCGGCCACUUUUAUACGCAACCUACGACCCUGGCUGCCCUGAGUGCGGCCCUGUCACGUGUAGCGCCCCGUGAGAUUGUUUUGGACGAGAGGCUGCAGCUGCUGCGCCGUCACGGUCACAGCGACAGUGACAGUGGGAGUGGGAGUCCAGUCCACCCGCUAUUUUCUAUCAUAGACGAAGACCGCACCCAGCAGCAGCAGCAGUUGAUCACGUAUGCCUCGGCACCACCAACAGCGGCCGAUGAAACCGGCAGCGAAGCUAGCCAUGACCGGUCUGCACUGCUGUCGGACUGGAAGCCGGUGCUGGAGUCGGAGAUCCCGGCUCAGACCGCAAAGGACUUGACGGGCGAUGAAAUUUCUGCCGGCAGUUUGUUGCUGCACUAUGUCAAAGACCGGUUGCAAGGCCUGUCCAUGAAGCUGCAGCCGCCCGUGCGCUAUGAGGGCAUGCAGGUCAUGACCAUUGAUAAGAACAGUAUGCGCUCUCUCGAGAUCAAGCAGACUGUGCGUGACGGCUUCUUCCGCGGCAGCCUGCUGCAUGCCAUUCGCCGGACGGUGACCAAGAGCGGCGCCCGUCUUCUCAACGAGUGGCUCAGUGCCCCCUCUACCUCUCUGGAUGUCAUCGUAGCACGGCAAAAUCUGGUGUCGCGCUUCGUCCAGGACGAAGACCUCCGCGACGGCAUCACGCAGCUGCUCCGCCGCAGCCACGACUCGCACCGCCUCGUCCAAAAGUUUGCCCUCGGCCGCGGCGACCCGGACGAUCUCCUCGACCUGGCCAAGACCAUUACGGCCACGGACGACAUUGUCGGCCUGCUGCGGCACGCGCAGCCCAUCCACAAGGACGCCGUCGAUGAAGAGACGGAAGAGAGCCUCGAGGCCAUUGCCGGGCGCAUCCAGCUCGAGCGGCCGCUAGCGAUUGCCAGACGCAUCCGCGACUCGGUUGACGAAGAGGGCCUCAUUCACCAGCAUGAAAUGGACGAGAACGAGGCUGACGCCAUGAUGUCGCUGGCUGAGGAGGUCGUCCAAGCGGAGGGCUCUCUGCAAGAAGACGGGUCCGUUUUGCGGCGCAAGGGCAAGGAUGCGAAAGCAGCCGCCGCAGCAGCCGCAGCUUCCGAGGCAGCAUUAAGCGGAACAAAAGCCACGGCCACGACGAGACGGAAUAAGAACGCGUCCAUCCGCGAUUACUACGGCGAGGACAACGAGGCAUGGGUGAUGAAGCCGUCUGCUAGUAAGAGUUUAAAGAUGCUCCAUGCACAGCUCGCCGACCUCAAGCGCGACCGCGAAACCCUGACGGACGAGCUGCGCACACGUCUUGAGGCGCCCAGUCUGGUCCUCAAGUGGACACCCGGCUUGGGCCACAUCUGUCACGUUCGCGGCCGCGACGCCAAACGUGGACGGCCCAAAAAGGAGGAAGACGGGCCCACGACCAUCUCAUCAAGCCGCACGACGCGGUCGUUGCAUGUGCCCGAGUGGACGUCGCUGGGCCAGAAGCUCGACCAAGUACGCUUCCACAUCCGUGCUGAAGAGCAGCGCGUCUUCCAUGCGCUGCGCGCGGCCGUCGUACGGAGUCUCGUGCCCCUGCGCCGCAACGCCGCCGUCCUCGACGAGCUCGACAUUGCCACCUCAUUUGCGCGGCUCGCCCUCGAGCAGAACCUCUGCCGCCCGCGCCUGCACCGCGGCACAUCCACGGCCAUUGUCGGCGGCCGCCACGCCACCGUCGAGGGUGGCCUGACGGAGCAAGGUCGCACGUUUACACGAAACGAUCUCAUGCUGGGCGACGGGGCCGAAGGCGGCGCCUCGCGCAUUUGGCUCAUCACGGGGCCCAACAUGGCCGGCAAGUCGACGUUCCUCCGGCAGAACGCCCUCAUCACCAUUCUCGCGCAGAUCGGCUGCUACGUGCCGGCGGACUACGCCGACCUCGGCCUCGUGGAUGCUCUCUUUAGUCGUGUCGGCUCGGCCGACAACCUCUUCCGCGACCAGAGCACAUUCAUGGUCGAGAUGCUCGAGACCGCGCACAUUCUGCGCCAGGCCACGCCGCGCAGCUUUGUCAUCAUGGACGAAAUCGGCCGCGGCACGACGCCCGAGGACGGCACCGCCGUGGCCUAUGCGGCGCUGCACCACCUGGUGCACGUCAACAAGUGCCGGGGCUUGUUCGCGACGCAUUUCCACGGGCUGGCCGACCUGGCGGCCGCGGACGGCAUCGCCGCUGCCGCCGCAGACGCCAACGCAGGCACGGCCAUGCCACGCUCGUUCCCCGUCGAGCUGUACUGCACAGACGUGGAAGAGGACGGUGCUGGGGGGUUCGUCUACGUGCACCGGCUGCGCAAGGGCAUCAACCGGCAGAGCCACGCGCUCAAGGUGGCACGUCUGGCGGGACUGCCAGACCAGGCGAUCCAGAUCGCACAGCGUGUGCUGGCCAAGAGCGCUGUGCCUGCACAGGGGACGCAGUGUGAAUAA